UGUCAUCUCGUCAUCCAUCGAAAGUGAAACGCACUGGAGGAGCAGGAGUCAUUACCACACAACAACAACAACAAAAAAACCAAGACGAUGAGCUUCUGAGAUUUCGUAACUUCAUUCAGUAUCCUGCUCUCAUCUCGCGUGCCAACACACACGGCCUGCUCUGUCUCAGUCUCGCACACUCGCAAAGACAUCGCUGGACAUCAACACAACACGCGACAUCCAGAUCCAGAUCUAGUCGGCCUCGACCGCCACAACCACUACCACUUCCACCGGAGUCACUGCCAAGAGUGCAUGGCCUGCUGCUGCUUCGACAAGAAGAAGAUCACGGUGGCCGAAAAAUUUUAAUGGGUACUUACCUCGCGUGCCAUCACCAGCAAUCGUCAGUCGUGUAUUGAUUUUCGCAGCGAACGGACGUGUGUCAACUUGGGGACUCAGCUCAGCUCAAAGCGCGCGUGUUCAGCAAGAUCAGCCGCAGUACAACCUAGAACCAAAGCCAAGUGUAUUUAGAGUGUGUGAGUGUUUUAAGGAAAAGUAAUUGUUACAUUUAAACCAAAGUUUUCAAACGAAACCAAGAGGCACGGCCCAUAGUUCCUGACAUCCAGAGUUAAGCCGCACGCUAAGGCGGUAACUUGUAGUAGAACACAUCGAGUAGAUAAGUGCGGAUUAAGUGUGAGUGUGAUUAAGCCGGCAAGGAUUAACUACCCAAAACUAGUGUGUGUAACCUUAAACAAACCGAACCUAGUGUCAAGGUGUACUACUUGAUGUGCGCGAGAAGCCGAUCAAGCUAAAGAACUUCAAACCUUCGGUGAUCCAAGCAGGCAAUGGCAUUGUCAUUGCUGCAGGAAGCGCAAACAGCAAGAGGAUUAGCCGUCGCUCGUAGUCUGCAAGGAAUGAAGCGUGAGGAGGAGCGCAGCAUGUCGGUGUCACCACCGUUGACCGGCGUCCAGCACCAGCACCAGUUGGGCAUGAACAUGGGCCACAGUCCGACCAUCUUCGGAGGGUACAACCCUGCGUCGGCGGCGUCCGCCAUGGGCAUGUUGGCGCCACAGUUCUUGGCCAACCAGCAGGCCGCGGCAGCCCUGAUGGCCGCCGGCUUUCCACUGUCGUUGCGGAACCUGUUGCCACCCCAUCCGGCCCUGUACGGAGCGUGGGCACCUCCGACGCCAAACAGUGACAACAACAGUCCUCCCCCGCCACAGAGUCCGAUCUCGGCGACCGGACUGAACCACAAGAUCAAAUCCCUCAAGCUGAACACCAACAAUAACCACAUCGUGUCCACGACCUCGGAGAUCCUGCCCCAGCAGAAGAAGGUGACCAAGCGGAAACAGCAGCACAAAGUGGACCCUUCGCAGAUGUUCCAGCACGGUCUCACGAUGCCGCUGGACAUCCCGAACAUGGACAUGGUCAGCCCCGGACCCAUCUCGCCACCUACCUCCGGCUCGUCGCCCCAAUCCAACGGCAGCGUCGAAAUGGCCCAAACCAUCUCUACCUCCUCGCAGCGGGACCCCUCCCGGGACAAGGUCUUCACCUGCAAGAUCUGCAACCGCUCGUUCGGCUACAAGCACGUCCUCCAGAACCACGAACGGACCCACACCGGCGAAAAGCCCUUCGAAUGUCCCGAGUGCCACAAGCGGUUCACCCGUGACCACCACCUCAAAACCCACAUGCGGUUACACACCGGCGAGAAGCCCUACUCCUGCACCCACUGCGAUCGCCAGUUCGUCCAAGUUGCCAACCUCCGCCGGCAUCUGCGGGUUCACACCGGCGAAAAGCCCUACGAAUGUGACAUGUGCGACCUCAAGUUCAGCGACUCCAACCAACUGAAGGCGCACACCCUCAGCCACCAGGGCCAGCGGCCGUUCCGCUGCGAACGGUGCAACUCCACGUACCGCAAGCGUCACCACUUCCUGCACCACAAGUGCGGCAAGGCCAGCCCACCAACGCCCGCCAUCAGCCCCUCUACCUCCAUGUGCGACCAGCGGUCCGGCUGCUCCGAAAUGUCCGACCUCUCCAUGGACCUCAAAUCCUCCACCAUGCUGCACCAGAAAUACCCCGGCCUAACCCUCCCCCUGGACUUCAGUCCCUCGGAACCCACCGCCCUCCACCACCAAUCCGCCAUGGACCUCCGCUCCAUCCGGACGCCCCAGCAAAUCACCCACAUCAAGUCCGAACUGCCGGAGCAAACCGAACCGGAAGACCUGAGCAUGCACUCGCCCCGCUCGCCCGUCACCGUCGAAGAGCUGGACGAGCUGGACGAUGCCGCCUCGCUCUACCAGAAGCAGCGCCAGCAAAAGCUCGCCCUGGCCGCCGCCGCAGCCGUCGCCCAGCGUCACGGUAUGGAAUCCUAAAUCCCACCCCUCUAGUUGUUGAACGAUACCAAAUAAUCUAAGAAUGCCAAGAACGAGUAGCUUAAUUAAGUGAAAAAGCCAUAUAUAUGAAACAUAUAUUUAAAUCAAAGAAAAACUAUAAACAAAACUAUAAAAUAAUCAAAAAACUAGCAAUUGUCAUAGUCGUGUCUCCUCGGAAAACAAAAAAAACACAAAACGAGCUGUCAAAACUCGCCGCCAUCUUGUGAUCCCACCCUUUUUGUAAAUAUCGUGAAGCUGUACAUAGAGCCCGCAGUGUAACUGACCGAGACAAGAUGGCGGUCGGUUGAGCUCCCCAAAAAAAAACAGCGAACGCGUGUACAAAACACAGUGCGGGUCAUUCUGCGUAUUCAAUUCAGGGAAUUUUUACUACAAGUGUGUGUAAAGAGCAACUUUUUAUCAUUUUGUUCAAUUCCGUCACUGUUUAUGAUUUCCGAACUUGUCUGAACUUGGUGCAGAUGUAGCGAAAAAAAAGUAUGGUAUACAAGUUCCUCCCAACACAAUAGCUGACACAACUACAACAAAGAAACGUUCUGGAAGCGCGUGCACGAAAUGGAACUGACGCUUUUCGAUCACUCGCGUGAUCGUUUUGGGUGUAGCAAAACGCGAAACGAUUGUUAUUUUAAUUUUUAGCUGGAAAAAAAACAAGUGUGCAGGGAACGCCGUUGAUUUUAAGUGUUUCUAGGUUCGUCUCGUCUAUAAGUAUUGGUUGUUUAUUUGUCCUUUUUUAUAAUUUUAUCCGGAAUCUCGUAGAAAAAAAAAUCGGAAGGAUUUCGAAAAUUUUAGUUCUGUAAGAAGCUAGCGACUAGUGUGGAUCGAACAAACUGAAGCAGCGAAAAUCAAAAUUUGACGUGUAAGGACAUUUAGGUUAGGUUCUUUCUGGCGUGGAAAGUAAAACGGUGACUAUUCGAGCAAAUUGUAUAAUUUUAUUAUCAUUUCAUUGUGUAGGUGAAAGUUAUUCAAAAUAAAAUAUUUAAAUUUAUUAUAAUCGAGCAAGUUUUGUUUCACUUAUGAUUUCGUACUUUUUGAGUUGAUUAUAUCACAUUUGGUUCCAUUAUGAUUUCGUUUCGUUUGUGCUAAGAAAAGACUUCCAGUAGAUUUCACCUCAACGCAAAAUCCCCACUUGAGGCCACUAAACAUCCACUUGAUCCGGAUCUAAAAAAAACCCAUUUCAAUCACCGAAAAGCUGUAAUCAUUCACAUAUCCUUUGUCCGUUUCUUGGGCUGGGAUCAAACUCGGACACACGCAACUAAACCGGUAUUACCGGUCCUGGGACUGUCACCAACAGAAAGCCUUCCCUCGAGGAAUCAGAGCCCGACCCCCGCAUCGAUUCCGAUUUCCGGUCAGGUCACACAAAACUAUCCUUUUCAUUCGGCAAAACAUCCUUUCACCGCCAGGCCCAUCAUCUUCAUCGUCACUCCAUCUAGAAAACGCAUUGAUUCGUCGUGUUUUACAUAUGGCACAAGAACCUUUCUUCAACCCCCUCUUUCUCU